CCCAAACUUUGUUUUUCAUUGCUCUGUGCUUGACUCUAGAUUUCUAUAAUCACAACUGAAUUUUCUUAUUUAUUUUUCCUUUAAAUUUUUCGCAUAAUCAAGUCAUCAUCUUGCUCAGAGUUCAGGGUUAGGAGGUGUGGACUAACGCGAUCAAAUCCCCCAAUCCCACUAAUUUUAGCGUCUUUCCCACCUGUAUUAAACUACCGCCAUUUCCAUCUUUUUCACUACUGAUCUCCUUUUCUCUCUGUAUAUUCUGAUUCAGUAUAGUACCCAAGAAAAAAAAAACAAGUUCAAGUUUUGUUUUCUAAUCUUUGGGUUUGUGUAGAUUUGUUAGAGAUUUAAGGAAUUUUCUUUCUUUCUUCUUAUUUGUAUUUUGAUUUGUGAGUAAAGAAAAGAAAAUGGAUAAGAAAAAGAUUGCUGUCCCACUUGUAUGCCAUGGCCAUUCACGUCCCGUUGUGGAUCUCUUUUACAGUCCCGUUACCCCUGAUGGUUUUUUCCUCAUCAGUGCCAGCAAAGAUUCCAGUCCUAUGCUGAGGAAUGGUGAGACUGGAGAUUGGAUAGGAACCUUUGAAGGACACAAAGGUGCAGUUUGGAGUGUUUGCUUGGAUACAAAUGCCUUACGAGCUGCUUCCGCUUCUGCUGACUUUUCUGCGAAAGUGUGGGAUGCACUAACAGGUGAUGUCUUGCACUCAUUUGAACACAAGCAUAUAGUUCGAGCUUGUGCUUUUUCAGAGGAUACACACCUUCUAUUGACUGGGGGAGUAGAGAAAGUCCUCCGUAUUUAUGACUUGAAUCGCCCAGAUGCUCCUCCAAGAGAAGUGGACAAAUCUCCCGGUUCAGUCAGAACAGUUACAUGGAUGCAUAGUGAUCAGACAAUAUUAAGUUCUUGCACUGAUAUGGGAGGUGUCAGAUUAUGGGAUGUAAGGAGUGGUAAAAUAGUUCAAACACUAGAGACCAAGUCAUCUGUGACCAGUGCGGAAGUGAGUCAAGAUGGUCGAUAUAUCACAACUGCUGAUGGAUCUACCGUUAAGUUCUGGGAUGCCAACCACUAUGGGUUGGUAAAGAGCUACAACAUGCCAUGCACAGUUGAAUCAGCUUCAUUGGAACCGAAGUAUGGAAAUAAAUUCGUUGCCGGAGGAGAGGAUAUGUGGGUUCGUGUUUUUGAUUUCCACACUGGAGAUGAGAUAGCAUGUAACAAGGGUCACCAUGGUCCUGUGCAUUGCGUGCGGUUCUCACCUGGAGGAGAAUCGUAUGCCUCGGGUUCUGAGGAUGGAACGAUUAGAAUAUGGCUGACAGGCCCUUUGACUCAUGAUGGCACAGAACCAUUUGCAGCAAAUGGGUCGGUUGGAAAGGUGAAGGUAACUGCAGAAGACGUUUCACGCAAGAUCGAGGGCUUUCAGAUUGCAGAAGAGGGCAAGACCAAAGAGAAAGAAACAGGAAAGGAGUAACAAUGGUGAUGAUUUCUAGCUUUAUCUUCAGGGUCAAUGCUUAUUACCGCAUUUAUCCAAGAUCUUCAAGACAGCUUUUUUUUAAUCAGAGAUAGAAGUAGACCGAACUGUAUUUUGUAUAAUUUCUAGUCUUCUUGCUUUGAGCAUACGUAGACCAAGUCCAAUGGUUUUAUAAUAGAUUUAAUAAAUGACAUCUAUAAUUUUAUGUUGCA